AUGGCCUUACAAACUCAGACUGUUGGACAGAUAAACACGUUGAUGGCCUUACAAACUCAGACUGUUGGACAGAUAAACACGUUGACGGCCUUACAAACUCAGACUGUUGGACAGAUAAACACGUUGACAGCCUUACAAACUCAGACUGUUGUUCAGAUAAACACGUUGACGGCCUUACAAACUCAGACUGUUGGACAGAUAAACACGUUGAUGGCCUUACAAACUCAGACUGUUGUUCAGAUAAACACGUUGACGGCCUUACAAACUCAGACUGUUGUUCAGAUAAACACGUUGAUGGCCUUACAAACUCAGACUGUUGUUCAGAUAAACACGUUGACGGCCUUACAAACUCAGACUGUUGUUCAGAUAAACACGUUGACGGCCUUACAAACUCAGACUGUUGUUCAGAUAAACACGUUGAUGGCCUUACAAACUCAGACUGUUGGACAGAUAAACACGUUGAUGGCCUUACAAACUCAGACUGUUGGACAGAUAAACACGUUGAUGGUCUUACAAACUCAGACUGUUGGACAGAUAAACACGUUGACGGCCUUACAAACUCAGACUGUUGUUCAGAUAAACACGUUGAUGGCCUUACAAACUCAGACUGUUGUUCAGAUAAACACGUUGAUGGCCUUACAAACUCAGACUGUUGUUCAGAUAAACACGUUGAUGGCCUUACAAACUCAGACUGUUGUUCAGAUAAACACGUUGACGGCCUUACAAACUCAGACUGUUGUUCAGAUAAACACGUUGAUGGCCUUACAAACUCAGACUGUUGUUCAGAUAAACACGUUGACGGCCUUACAAACUCAGACUGUUGUUCAGAUAAACACGUUGAUGGCCUUACAAACUCAGACUGUUGUUCAGAUAAACACGUUGAUGGCCUUACAAACUCAGACUGUUGGACAGAUAAACACGUUGAUGGCCUUACAAACUCAGACUGUUGGACAGAUAAACACGUUGAUGGUCUUACAAACUCAGACUGUUGUUCAGAUAAAGUUUAAACAUUUGCCUUUCCAAACAGAUGCCAGUCUGUCUGGCCAAUGCUAUUGAAGGAAGAAGCUACUACUCCAAAGAGCAUCAAAUGCAAUUUUUUUUGUUGCAUAACCAUAAUUUGCUUUUUUUUAAAAUACUGAAAAUAUCGAAUCAAGUUAGUAUUUUCUAUGCAAAUAUUAUAUUCAGUAACAUUAUGUCUCCAUCAGAAAUGGAGACAUGGACACCUGAACACCAGGUCUACUGUAGUCCAUGUAUAUACUACAUGUAACUCCAGGUCUACUGUAGUCCAUGUAUAUACUACAUGUAACACCAGGUCUACUGUAGUCCAUGUAUAUACUAGAUGUAACACCAGGCCUACUGUAGUCCAUGUUUAUACUACAUGUAACACCAGGUCUACUGUAGUCCAUGUAUAUACUACAUGUAACACCAGGUCUACUGUAGUCCAUGUAUAUACUACAUGUAACACCAGGCCUACUGCAGUCCAUGUUUAUACUACAUGUAACACCAGGCCUACUGCAGUCCAUGUAUAUACUAGAUGUAACACCAGGCCUACUGCAGUCCAUGUAUAUACUACAUAUAACACCAGGCCUGCUGUAGUCCAUGUAUAUACUACAUGUAACACCAGGCCUGCUGUAGUCCAUGUAUAUACUACAUAUAACACCAGGCCUGCUGUAGUCCAUGUAUAUACUACAUAUAACACCAGGCCCUACUGUAGUCCAUGUAUAUACUACAUGUAAACAGAUGUGGUUCUAUUUUGUUACACAGAGAUUAACAAUGCAAGGUUUUUAUAAAAAAACAGUUCACUGUCUAUAUUUUAAUAUUUUAACAUGAUAUCAUUGAUAUUGGGUGACUGAUGGCAUAUCUAUGUAUUUAAUGAAACUAUAUGGUGGACUUGUACAUACUGUAUAUUGGUAAAUAAAUGUAGUUUAAAAGUAA